GUUUUGAUCCGUCUGCUACGCAAAUUUCUUUAGAUUUGAAAUUGAAAUAUCUAAUUAAAUCUCAAUAAUUGACAUUUUCAGAAUGGAAGAAUGUGCAUGUGGAGGAGCGAUGAUCGUCAUUCAAAGUGCAAGUGAAGAGUUUCUUCAAUGCCAAGUGUGUGGGGAAACUAGAGAAUAUACAGACAGCAACACUUUCGACUUCGACUAUAUAGGAAGCGGUGAUGCUGGCAACUCUAAGUUUGUUCAUGAAGAUGGAGAAGGAGCCAAAACAAAAGGAGUAAAGUACAACAGAGCUGGUAUUUCAAAGGGAAGGCAAGAUGGGAAAACUGUUAUACAGACACUUUGUCAAAACUUUAAUGCAGGAAGUUUAGAAAAAGAAAUCCUGAAUGUUUUCAGAAAGCUCUAUGCGUGGCGCAACCUUCCCGCAGUUGCAGCUGCAGUUUUUAUCACUGUUUAUCGAAUGCGGCAUCCCAUUUCCAUCAAGCAGGUUUUGCCUGUUUUGGACCGUCCUAUAAGUUUACAGUGCAUUGGCGAUGCUUUGAAAAAAAUAGAGCAAUACCUCAAAGACAAGAUGCCCGAAUCAGUCCACACAUCAACGUCAGCAAGUGGUGAAGAUCUGCCAAGCUCGGGCAACGAUGCGGGUCUUGAUAUUGUCUCACGAGUUCGUUCAGUAUUGCCUAAUUUAAAAGUCGAAGACCCCUUCAAGCCGACAGAGGACAUAACCCAAAGGGUCUAUAACACCACGGCAAAGAUUGUCAGGAUUUUCGAGCGACGGACGAAAAGAAGUUAUGAUCCUCGCCUUAUGACUAUUGCAGCUGGCUAUUUAGCAUGGCAAUCCUGUCACUAUUAUGAUAAAGAUCAUAACAAAGACGUGCCUUUCACCGAGCUCAGGGAACCAACCGAGGCGAGAGACUACCAGAAAUACUUGGCACAAACCCACCUCACUAACAUCGAUGUCGUUGUUGCUCGUUCAAUUACGAGGAACGUGGCAUUAAUCUCCGAUGAGUUGCUACAGCUGUUCAAUCACAUGACUUGGAUCGAAAAGAAAAAUAAAAGAAGGAAAGAUAUUCCUAAGUAUCUUGAAUUGAUACUUCAAUUCCAAGGAAUGACUACAGAUGCGUUGAACGAAGAGGAUGAAAUUCAGAGGCUUAACGAACCCAUCAUUGUUCCUAUUAUACCCAGAGAACUGACCGCGGAAGAAGAAGCGAUUUUGGAUUCGGCUGAAUUAAGCGAAAAGGAUUUACCAGAUGCAGAGGUGGCCAAGUAUUUACGCUCCGAUGUGGAACUCAACCCAAUAGACGUGCAUCUCUCUUUUUCUGCCGACUUGGAUCUGGAAUUGGCCGAACUCGAGGAGAAAAGACAAGUGAAGCAACUAAUGAAAAAGGCAAAGUCCGUCCUGUAAACUCUGUGAUACCUUUCGCUUUCCUCAAAAUUUUUUUUUUUUUUUUCCCGUCGCUUUUCCCUUUUUUUUUUUACAUUCCACACCGUUGAGAAAAUUCUCGGGGCACUCUCCCUUUUGUUUCUCCCAUUUGAUUGCCGUCUUGACGCCGUGUUAUCGUCUUAUAAUGUAUUAAAUGAUUGGUUCCCACAGCCGUAAAACUCAGUGUGGGGAGGGUUCCUUAAUGUCGCUGUAGGGCGUUUCUUAUGAUGACCGUCGGGAACUGUAUGCAUGGUUACUCAACUCAGAAAAUACAAUUUUCUGACAAAUAAAAACAAAAAAAAACAGCUGCAAGUGAGUU